GUGUUCUUUUCCGAGCCACACGUAAAAGAAAAAAUUGGAGUAUACAAAAAAUUUAAAAAGAAAAAAAAAACAAAAGGAAAUUGUGGCAGUUGAGUUAUUCUUGACCUUGUUUGGUUUUUCUCCGUUUGGUUAUCCAACUCCAAGGGAAUAUAAUAAAAUAUCAACACCCAAAAAAGAAUACAAAUCUUCUUCGUCAUUCCUCUUCUCAUCUUUCAAAUUCUCUUUGUUCUCGCCGGUCGCCGGAGAUUCAAUCGGAAAAUUUUUCAAGACGUUUAUGGAUUGCAGAAGCAAAUCCCUUUCAGCAUCGCCGUCCGCCGCCAACAAUCAAUCUUUGCUUCUUACGAUUCUGCAGUUUUCAUCUCAGCUCUCUAAACCUUCAUUCACUCCUUUUACCCCUUGGAUACGAUACCUUCCGUUCAGUUUCUCCUGAUUUCUCUAUCUCUAAAGUUUAAACUCUUUCAGGGAAGCUAUCAUAUUUUCCAAAACCUGGAGCCUAAAUUUGAACUUGAAUUAAAGAGACACUAUCUGAGUUACAGCCAAGAAGAGGAGGUGGUGUGGCACUUUAAAUGAUUUAAGUGCUUUCUAUGUGCAACUAAAGAUGGCUGCUUCUACAAGUGUGACAAGUCCUCUACAUAGGAAGAUGUCUGGGAGGAGAGCUAAGACUUCUGGUUGGGCUGCAUUUGACCAUAACGAGAGACGGAAGCAACAAGGUCUUGAGCCAGAGCCUGAAACAGAACCCUUCCCGCUCUUAUCCGUUCCUACCACUUCCUUAAGUGGUCCAUCUCAAGGCAUCGGAAAGAAUAGUGGAGCAGUGCUAGAGAAACCUUUUUCAUCCCUGCUGCGACCAUCUGUAAGUUUUCCAUCCUUAAUGGCUACUGAAGGGUCUGAUGCUAAUCAAAUACAAGUUGGCACUUCUCAUCUCCACCAUGGUGAUGGUUUUAUCAAAGAAAGAGGUUUUCUUGAGGUGUGUCAAAAGCUUAAGGAGCUCCACCCCUGGGCUGAUGACACCUUGAUUGCAGAUGUCAUGGCUGGUGUAAAUGAUUUCAAGACGGCCUUAACAUUGUUGGAAGCAAUGAUAUCUCCUGAUCAUACAUACGUUGCGCAUGAAAACAGAAAAACCAAGGGAUUUGAUAUUGACAAUUUUUUAACUCCAAAACAAGCAAAUACUCCCUGCGUGCAAAAGUUUAAAGAAGGAGAGACAGAUAUUAAAGGUGUGAAGUCUAAUAAUGAGGCGUCUCUCGCAAAUAAUAGUAACUUUGCUGCUAAUAAAGGUGUGUCAUUGACCGACAGCGUGAAUCUGGAUGACUUGAGUCAUGUGUUCGUUAAGUGUCUUCAGAGCAGCAGUCAAGAACUAAUAAACAACUUUGUUUCUAAUGAGAACAAACUUCAUUUUGAUGGAGCAGCAGGGAGUCUGGGGUUUAUACCAGUUGAGCCUGAGUGGGAAGAGGAUGAUAUUUACUCAAUCCAUCGGAAGGACGCGAUGAAAAUGACGAGGUCAGCGGCUCGAAACUCUAAGGCUGCCAGUGACGCCUAUCUCAGAGGUGACCACUUAUCUGCCCAACAUUUUUCUCUAAAAGCCCAAGAAGAGUGGGUUGUCGCUAAAAGGCUAAAUGCCCAGGCAGCAAAGGAAAUUCUGAGUGUCCGCAACUGUAAGAAUGAUGAAUGGACAUUCGACUUGCAUGGUCUUCAUGCAACAGAGGCAGUUGAAGCUUUACAAGAACAUUUGCAAAAGAUUGAAUCUCAGGUGAAUUGUGCUGCCCAUAUGAAUCAAGUGAACUUGAAGUCCAGCUUUGGAGCUGCUGUAUCUGUUGAAACUUCAGAUCGUAUUGAUGUGGAUAAUGAGAGCAAAGGGUCCCUGAUGAAUAAGCAGCGACCAGCUUUCUUGGAGGUCAUAACAGGUAAAGGAACUCAUAGCCGGGGACAUGCUGCCCUUCCAUUGGCCAUAAGAAGCUUUCUCAUGGAGAACGGAUAUCGUUAUGAGGAGACAAGGCCGGGGGUGAUCAGAGUUAGACCCAAGUUCCGACCACAAUAAAUUAAGCUUAUGGCUCCCCCCCCC